CUAUUUUAAAUAGUUUACGGUUUGUGGUGAAUUUCACUGUCAAAUCAAAUAAACAUUGAAUGUUGAUUUUUUUGAGGUCUUAUUUAUGUUUUUGAAAAGUUAUGUAUUUUAAAUCUACGAUAGUAUUAUUAUAAGAAAGCUGCAAGAAUAUUAUAAUACCUGACGAUUGGCAAUCACAACGGUAUGUAGUGGUCUUUAUUUGAUCGAUAAAUAUUUUAGAUUUUGUUACUAUGUAGCACUGUAUAACAAAAUUCAUAAAUAAUUUCACACGCUUAUCAUAGAAAAUAAAAAAUGGCAAGUCCAAAUUCAGAAAUUGAUUCAACAUCGAUGUUUAUGCAAAAAGGAGACUACAGAAAAUCCCGAAGUCCUACCCCGAGCGAGACUGCUACAAGAAGAAAUUCUAUCGUGAAUGUGAAGAAAGUAUCACCGGAAAUUAUCACCGUAAAAGACUUUUUUGACUUUAUGAAGACAGCCUAUCAAGUUUACGAGCAUUUGGAAGGGGACGAAGAUGAAGGUAAUAAGAUAAAUUGGGAGGAAUUGACGAAAUUGACUGUCUUGAAUCAUGUGAUCGAACAGCAAGAGAGGGAUCUUUUGCAUCAAACUGCUUUCUCUUGUCCUAAACCAUUGAUAAGUAAAAGCGAUACGGCAAUUGAGAAAAAGAACAGCAUGGAUCGUCUUGAAAAACGAUACAGCUGCAGUGAAAUAGAAGGGUCACGGCGGCGUUCUUUACCUCCUGAAGCAAGGGUGGAAAUGCUGGGAGUAUGGACUGAAGCAAAUCUAAAUUGCAAAUUAAAUGAUGUAAUUAAUGAAGGCAUUUUAGACUCGAUACUUCCUUAUCUUGUUGGAUACAAGAAGCCCACUAAAACAACAAGUACUUACGCCCCUGUAAUCAAGAAGGCUUCAACAUCAUCUACUGACAUAAAAAAACCAGCGAGUUUUCAAGGUUUUGUAACUGAAAAGGAAUCAAGAGACCGUCUUGGGAGGCGUAAAUCUUCGGUAAUUGCAGCACAGGAACGUAUAGCUCAAAAACAAGAUGGUGACGUGGAAAUUCAUGUUUGCGACGAAGUCAAAGGCCUGAAGAAGGACUUCAGAUGCCCUCAGAAGCUACUGGUUUCCAAAAUGGGUUAUUUUGCAGACGUGACGGCUGGACAAAGACUGGAAGAUAUGGACAUUUCUGUACAUUGUGAUAUUCAGAUAUUUGAUUGGCUGAUGCGAUGGGUGAAGAGGGAUUCCAUCCUGGUCGCUGAUUGGCCGCUGUUGGAUCCCCACAACGUCGUGCCUAUACUCGUUUCUGCUUCAUUUUUACAGAUGGAGCCACUCCUCCACGACUGCAUGAUCUACUGCCACGCGCACAUGAACGAAAUCGUGAAGACGUCUACCAACCUGGCUUGCCUCAGCGACGCGCUCCUAACCAGACUAGCCGCCAUGUACACGAACGCCGAGUUGGAGGCAAUCCGCGACCGGAAGGACAAGAUCCAGUCGCGGCUGUACUGCAAGAUGAUCACGUCGCUGGCCGAGCCCGUGCCGGAGACGCUGCGCGGGCACUACGCCAGCCUCGCCACGCUCUUCAAGUGCACCAAGUGCAACAAGCUGUUGGGGAGGCACAUCGCGGAGCAGGUCCCGUGCCAGCCCUCCAGCAUGAGGAUAGAUCGACGAGGGAACGUUAUUUCUUCUCAUUGCAAGGACCUGAGUUGGAAUCUAAACGAAUACAUAACGUGGCUGUACGGAGAACUUCGAUCUUGGAGGCGCGUGUACUGGCGGCUGUGGGGGGACUGCCACUUUCUGAGGUGUCAGCUCUGUGACAGCUACUUCCCGGCUUAUCAGAUGGAGUGGUGUUCUCACCACGAGCAGUCGGCCCACAUGUUCCAGCUGGACGGGCGGCCGCCGCUGCCGGCCGGCAGGUACCCGUGCUGCGGGGAGAGGGCGUACCGCUUCGAGACUGUCACCAGGAAUACCGGUUGCCAGUUCCGCGAGCACGCCCCGGACGAGCGGCUGGCGGCGGACGCGGCCGUCAUGGACAUGUACAACCGGUUCCGGGACAUCGUCUCCAUGCGGCCGCCUCAGCUCAUGUUCCCGGAGAGACUCACCCGGAUUGUAGCUAGAGAGCCAGGCGAAGACGCCGGCCGGCUUCAAUGCAAAGAAGUGUUCUGGUGGGAGGGCAUCCAGCUGAUGCCGCCGCGGCAGCCGCUCGGGCUCCUCGGCAAGAUGUACACCAGCAACAAUAAGUUCAACCCGAGUGCUCGUCCGGGGUCUCCGCCCUUGGGUACCGCGCGGCUGUCGGCGCAGUCCCUCGCGGCUAGCUGCUCUGCGUCUGUCGGUCCGACCACUGAAGAAGUGCGGCUGAAACCACCGCCUAAGGAGGCCAAGGAAGAUGCACCGCGGAAGGUGCCAUCGGCGGCGGCGACUCUGUCAUGGACGACGGAGCCGAGCAGACCUCGGAUUCCGAGACUGAGAGUGAACGCAGCUCCACCAGCGCCAGGUCUGACGAGGACAGUGUUCCGAGGAGGCGUCAGCCCAGGCUGGCCAGAGCGCCACGCCCUGUUGUCAAGCGUGCCCGCGUGGUGGGGCGGCAGUGGGUGGCGUCGCUGUCGGCGCGCAGCAACCAGGACGGGCAGCGCAGGUUCGAGGAGCGCGCCGCGCGGCUCAUGCGGGCGGCGCUGGCCCGCCGCGCCCCCUCCGCGCCCACGCCACAGGCCAAACCCAAGACUCCAGCUGGCGGCGUGUACGCGCGGCUGGAGGCGGAGUGGCGCGAGCGUCACGCGCAGGCGCGGCCGCGCGUGCUGUGCGCGCGGCCCAGGCAGCCCGCCAACAAGUACAAGUGACAGCUGUCACACUGACACUGAUACAUUCAUAAACUUUGUUAUUGUUGAUUUAUUUGUUAUCCCAAUUCUAGUUUUCACUUUUUAUUUGUGAACGUCAAAACGAAGAAAACUCUAAAAAUGAAUAUUAUCGAACCCACAGAUAUAUGAAUGUUCAUAUGUCAUCAAAAUCUGCAUGGCGUUGCUACCUAUCAAAAACGUUAGUAUGUGCAAAACAGAUUACGUAUCAGGAAAUAAGUUAAAUUCACACUGCUAUAUGAACAGUGUGAAAGAUAAUUCUCUGCAUUUAUAAUUUAUAACACAAAAAUGAAACGAACUGUUCGCCAAUAACAUUUAUUGACU